UCGCUCCGUCCAGACGUUGUCGCGCUUCAAACUCGAACCUAAAAUCGGUUAUCCGCGAGAUACUGUAUAUACAAGACUCGAGAUACCAGAGCUGCCAGCAACAACAAGAAGUCGCAAGAUCAAGUUUCGGACCCUAGCGUCAUCCGUUUUGCGGUUUCGAGUGUGUGUGUUUUUUGCCCCAAGAACGCGAGCAGAGUGGAGUGAGAAAGUAAAAAAUAAAAAAAUACAUUGAAACGGUGUCGUUCUACAUGUGCUAAAUACUCGAGUGAACACCAUCGAAAACUUGGACCUAACGGAUACGGAUAUUUAACGGCAAUGAAAAUUAGCAACGGCAACAUGUUGCCGCUGCUGUUGCUAUGUUUUCUAAGCCUGACCACUGGCCAACUGGUAAAUCAUCCGCCGCAAUUCGUCCCGGGGACCGGAGAUAUGUCCCGAUUUAGCCUUUCGGAAAACACGCCCGUCGGCAGUCCCGUCUUCCAGUUGAAAGGCACCGACCCAGAAGGCGGUCGACUGAAGUACAGCAUCAGCGGACCCGUUUUCUCUGUAGAUCGGGAGACGGGAGUGGUGCGCCUGCGACAAGAGCUGGAUCGAGAGACCCAAGACACCGUCGAGGUUAUUAUCAGCAUCACGGACGAGGGCGUUUUUGGCACCGAGCCCAAUACCGUCUCCCAAAGGCGGGAGAUUCCGGUGCGGGAUUACAAUGACAACCAGCCGACUUUCUUGGGCAGGCCUUACACUGCCAGUGUUAGCGAAUCCCUGCCCGUGGGUGCGGAGCUCGCUGUGGAGCCACCCAUUGUAGUGGUUGAUCGGGACGAGGGCAUCAAUGCAGAGGUUCAGAUGAAAUGCGUAGAGGAAAAUGACAUUUGUGACUUCUUCGAGGUGCGGGCCGUGAAAAUUUCCGAUGGAAACUACACCGCCCGAGUAGCAUUGAAGCAACCUUUGGACUUUGAAAGUCGUCCCUCGUACAUCUUAACCAUCUCCGCCUCCGAUAGCGCUUUGGAUAACCGCCUUUCUUCUCUGGCCACCAUUUCAAUCAAUGUGAUUGACAUCCAAGAUCAACCGCCAGUCUUUACCAAUGCCCCGUACUCUGCCACAGUUCCGGAGAACACACCCGCUGGAGUGAGCAUACUCACAGUGAAGGCCAUAGAUGGUGAUGUGGGCAUACCCAGAGAUAUAUUCCUAUCUAUUGAGGAUGAACCCUUCGGACACUUUGAGCUAGUGCCAUUUGGAGAUCCCCGAGAGGGAACCGCUGUGCUGCAAACCACUUCAGAGCCACUGGAUCGUGAAAACGCGGAGAUCCUGCAGAAUGGUGGAGUUUAUGUGUUCUCCAUUAGAGCCACCGAGCUGAUCGAUGGAGCUAUUCCUGCCGAGCACUCGCUCACAAAAGUUACCAUUGUGGUCACCGAUGUAGACGAUCAUCAGCCCACCUUCAGUGGACCACACUUUAAUGUGUCCAUUACGGAGAACCUGGCGAAUGGAAUGCCCCUGCCUGGGCUCUCGAUCUUUGUGGAUGAUCGCGACAUGGGCGAGAACAGUCGCUAUGAGCUAUCACUGAAAGACGUGUUCAAUGCCGCCGGAGUAUUUGCAGUAUCACCCACCGAAGCUCAAGGCCGGACACCAGUGGUUGUCAAGGUGUUGAAUGCGAGUCGCUUGGACUACGAUGUUCUCGAUCCUGACCUCCGAAAGUUUGAGUUCGAUUUGGUGGCAUCGGUUAAGGGCGUGGAAAAAGCCAAGACCCGAGUAGAGAUCCAUCUGCUGGAUGCUAAUGACAAUGCUCCGGUGUUUGACCAGGCAACCUAUCGUUUUACGGCAGCUGAGAAUCUUCCCGUGGAUGCGUUGAUAGGCCAUGUGAAGGCCACCGAUGCGGAUUCUGAUGAAUUUGGACAUGUUCGUUAUGUUCUAAAAGGUUUCGGUGCUGACAACUUCUAUGUUGAUCCUGAGACAGGAGGUAUUUACUUGCUGAAACCUCUGGACUACGAGAAACAGAGCAGUUACAGUCUCACAGUGGUGGCCAUCGAUGGCGGUCAGCGUGAGGCCAAUGCCAAUCUCUUCAUUGGAGUCACAGAUGUAAACGAUAAUCAUCCCAAUUUCGAGAGCAAGGAGUACAGUCGUACCAUUCGGGAAGGAGCAGCUCUUUUCGAACCUCAGUUCUUUGUCCGCGCCCAUGAUUCAGAUGGGCCCACCCAAGGAAAUGGUAGGGUAAAGUAUUCCAUUGUAUCCGAGAAUAGCAUAGCUGGCAAUGUAUUCCGCAUCGAGCCGGAUACAGGGGAGAUCGUCAUCCAGAAGGCGGCGAGAUCUAUGGACACAGAACGUGGCGAAUAUGAACUAGUGGUUUCUGCCACGGAUUUCGGUAUUCCUCCCUUGUCCAAUACAACUCGCGUCCUUGUUCGCGUUGGCAUCUCUGGAAACCAGCGACCCAUUUUCCGCGGACACUUCCAAAAUAUGGAGAACUUGCCCAUCAUAGGCCCACCAAGCUAUCGGGUUUCCAUACCAGAGAAUGCCUUAGCAGGAUCGAAUGUUACUUCAGUAUCUGCCCACGAUCCGGAUGGUCUGGACAGCCUUCUUCGGUAUAGGAUUGUGGGAGCCAACGACAACUUUGAAAUUGAUGAGAUUUCUGGUUUGAUAACAGUAUCUCCGCAAGCCCGCAUUGAUCGUGAUUCCAAUAUGAAUAGCUUCGAGAUUAUAGUUAAUGCAGUGGAUUCGGGCACUCCCAUUCCGGAAACGGCCACCACAACGGUUUAUGUGAAUGUUAAGGACAUCAAUGAUGAGCGUCCCAAGUUUGAGCAGAAUAGCUAUGCAGCCUAUGUUUCCGAGAGGACAGCUGUGGGCGAGAGUGUCCUUCGGGUCAAGGCCAUUGACAAGGACCUGAACUCCAAAUUGGAGUACAGUAUGGUUGGUCCUGUCACUGCCACCACAAAAGCAGGUGUCAACAUAGCCAAUAGGAGCAACUACCGUCUGCAGGAAGCCUUCCGUGUGGACAGUCAAAGCGGUGAGAUCUUUGUCAAUGGUUCACUUCGCCAUGAUGUAGCCGCCAUUAUUAUCUUCACCGUCGGUGUGCAAGAUCUCAAUGCAGAGGUGGAUCCCGAGGGGCAAGUGGACUUCACUGAGGUUACUGUGUACGUGCAAUCCUUCCAGGACACGAAUCCUGUGUUUAAGAACCCUGGCUGGACUAGCUCAAGACCCGUUAUUGACGUGAAGAUCAAGGAGGAAAUGCCCAUCGAUAGUGCUCUGUUCAUUCUCCAGGCAGAGGAUCCAGUAACAAGGCAGCCCAUUACCAGUUUCGAGUUGGUUGAACCCAAGCAAGUGGACUAUUUCCAGGUUGCAGAAAGAACUGGAGAGGUGAUCCUUAAGAAGCGACUGGACUACGAGGCUUUGGGUGAAACUGGUCCUGACUUUGAACUCCAAGUCCGUGCUAAUAGUGCCGAUCGUCAAAGGAGUACCGUCAGCCGAGUGAAUAUUACGGUAGAGAAUGUGAAUGAUAAUAGUCCACGAUUCGAGCAGAGCUCAUACCGAGCCACGAUCAUCGAGAACAAACCUCAUCCGGAGAGAGUAAUCCGUGUCAGAGCUUUGGAUAAGGAUGCAGUUUUCAAUGCUCGAGAUGAGCGUUUGGGAUAUCACAAGAUCAUCUACUCACUGCAGGGCGAGCACGCCAUGCUCUUUGAGAUUAACAAUACGACAGGAGAGAUAGUUGUGGCCAGCGGGCAGUUGAUUGACAGGGAGCGAACUCCCAGGAUUCAGCUGCAGAUCAAGGCAGAGGAUUCUCCCGGCCGUCCUACAGAUGCCAAACAAAGUGUUGUGGAUCUGCAGAUUGAAGUGCUGGAUGUAAAUGACAACGCACCGGAGUUCACUCAAAAGAAAUACAGUACUGUGAUCCCGGAAAAUGCUCAAAUCGACUCGUUUGUUCUCCAGCUGGAAGCUGUGGAUGCCGACGAGGGUCUGGGUGGCGAGGUGCACUACGAGCUGGUCAACGAGGGCGAGGCUAAUGGCCUUUUCAAGAUCGAUCCUAAGAGUGGUCUGAUAUCCACCCGACGUAAUCUCACGGGUAAGGGUCGUUCUGAUCCGUAUGUACUGAUUGUUCGUGCCCAGGAUAGUGGCAAUCAACUGCCCAAGCAGCCAACCCUAUCCACCGAUACUGAUGUCCGCAUUUAUAUUGGAGAUGUGAGCGCCAAUGAUGGUGUACCCUACUUUUUGGCCCCUCGGGUUGGACAAAUGGCGAAUGUCACAGAGAAUGCUGUGAUUGGAGCUCCAGUUUUCCAAGUGAUUGCCAGCGAUCCGGAUGAUGAAAACACUCCCUCUGGAACGAUCACCUAUCGUAUUUUGCCAGAUACUCCAGAUGCGGAAGCCUUCACCAUAGAUGCCCACACCGGAUUGAUAACAACCAGGGAAUCACUGGAUCGAGAGGCGAAGAACAUGUACAAAAUCCUUCUAGAAGUGAGUGAUAAUGGACAGCCCAAGCAGUCGGUGACACGAAUCCUGCAGAUUGCAGUUCUAGAUGUGGAUGAUCACGAGCCUCGAUUCGCCAGAGAAGUUGACGAAGGACCUAUGACCAUGACGGUGAGGGAGGAGGAACCGGCUGGCACCAUUGUGGGCAACUUCAGUGCUUUAGACGAGGAUAUGGGCGAUAAUGCCGCCAUUGACUACGUUAUCAUUGACGGAAAUAAUGAGCAAAUAUUUGCAGUAGAGAGAAAUAACGAGAGCAUGGCCAUUCUCAAGACGCAAAAGCCCAUCGAUAGGGAGCAAAUUGAGUCCUUUACGCUGACGGUUAAGUGUAUGAAACUGGGCGAACCUGGCUAUAAGUUCGUUGGAGAUCCUUAUGACCGCCAAGAUCCCUCACACCUGCGAAUCACUAUCCGUGUAAAGGACAUCGAUGACAAUCUGCCACAAUUCGAGCAGCCAGAUCCUACUGUGGGUAUCAGAAUUAAUGUGCCCAUCGACACAGUGGUGACCACAUUAAAGGCCAGUGAUGCGGAUGCCGAAGCUCCAGCCAUUGCUCUUUCCAUCGAGAACGUAACCUUCGUUCCACAGUUCUAUAAGAGAAGUCGUAGCCUGGCUGUUGGAAAUCUGCAAAAUCUCUUCACCCUUAACAACCGAACUGGGGAACUUAGAACUGGGGGAUCAUUUGCUGACUACGUGGAUGGCUACUUCCUGAUGCGGGUGAUGGCGAACAACUCCGUGGUACCCAAACGUCAAGCCCAUAGUAAUCUUAAGGUUUUCGUGAUCCGUGACAAAUCCCUGCUUAAGUUCGUCUUUGCCCGACCACCCAACGAAAUCCAGCACAACAUCCGACCCUUCCAGGAACAGUUGCAGAAGAAAUUGAAGCCCUUGGGACUGGAGCUCCAUGUGCUGGAUACCCAGGUGUUCACCAGGCCCGACAUGAGUCUGGACUUUACUUCCACCAGCUCCUGCUUCCAGAUGUUCAAGAAUGGAGCCGCCUUGUCCUUUAAUGAGAUGCAGAAGCUGAUGAACUCGGAGCAGCUGCGGCAGGAGCUCAUAGAUAUAUAUGCCGCCUAUGGGGUCAGUGAGGUGGAGUCCUGUUCGGUGCGAAAGACUCAUGCGGCGGCGAUCUUCGCGGGAAUGCUAACUUCGGCUGGGGCGUGGUUGGUGUUCUUGGCCGCCCUCAUUGGCCUGGCAGCAAUGGUUUCCCUGUGCACAGCCUGCUGUUUAAAAAAGAAGCUGAAGCGUCACAGUAAGAGAAGUCUACAGGCGAGUCUUAGAACUCCCACAGAGCACACACCCACCUCAUAUAGCUACUCCAUGCCAGCAGUGCUCUACUCUGAACCCAUCUACGGGCCCUUGUAGCCGCAGCUGAUCUUCUGCACGGAUAGGUCCAGGUUCAACCACUGACCACCAACCUAGUAGACUAGUGCCCAAGACUCAAGCCCCCUUUGCACCAGCGGAGAUCCUCGAUCCUCCUCCAAAGGAUCUCCGCUCGGCAACUGCGAACCGGGUCUUUUUUCUAGCAGAGAUUGGUAGACGAUAGAAUGCCAAAUCAGUCCAUAUACCAUAAGAUUAAGCAUACUAUGCGCGUGAUCUAGUAUGUACAUCUAGCAACAUUUAGUCUAGGUUAGUCUUAAUAUAUAAUACUGUAUAGUGUAACGAUUAGCCUAAGUCGAGUCAGUUCUUUGUGUCAUUUUUGCCGAAGUGCUGGUUUCCCAGACCGAUUUCGCGGGGUUUAUUCGUGCUUUGGCAGGUAUGGAAUGCAUUUAUUUUUUAUAUAUUUAUCUUAUCGUCUAUUUGCCUAUAACAUGCCGAACAAGUGUAGAAUAAAUAUCGCACCUAACGAAGCCCAAUUCCAGCUCCACCAUCCAAUCCUCGACCAGGAGUCAAAGUCAGGCCAUGUGCGUGUCUACCGAAAAUGAGUUUCCCGUUUUCAAACAGAAUGCAUAUGUUUUUGCUAUUAAGUAAAUAUAUUUAUAAACGACUAAGUAGUUCGACCAAUGUGAACAUGUGUGCAAAUAAAUUCUAUUAACUACAAAAAUGUGGAAAACAAAA